UUUCCCGACGCGUCUGUGCUUGUGCCAACUCCACUUGACGCGUCUCAAUGCGCGUCUUGAUUCAACGUCGGUUUCUCCGUCUUCCUUGAGCUGUUGGAAGCGCGAAUCCAUCCGACCACUGCAUCUCAUGUUUCAAUUGUCCACAGUGAACUCUGCCUCCCAGACAGCAAACGUCUAAUAGAGACUUGCAACGCUUCGCAGCGCCCCAAACAAGACCAUUCCAGCAGCCCGAGUGCUGCCUCUGUCUGAGCCGGCUUCAACGUGAUUCAGAACUCGAAGCCGUUCGUAGGCGGUGCUCUGACCUGCAUAUCCGCCCUCCUCAUCAAGCAAUCCCAUUGGGUCUGUCACCCUCCCGCCAGGGAUCUCGCGUCCAGCACAGACUCCGCGUCCAGAGCGAACGUCCUCCCGGUGCUGAAGGUCAUCAAGUUGGCCAUUGGACCCCACAAGGACGCCCGUCACCAUAUACUCUCGGGAGCUGCCCACUUCUUUUGUUGGCAAACUUCCUCCUUCUCCUCGAGUCUCCUGGUAGAGUACCUCCGCCCUCCAUUCACUCAACGGCAUUGCUUAACGCAGGCUCAGUCACUCAAGCACCUUUCUGUUGCCUGGAUACACAGCAUUCACUGUUGAGCCACGCACCUGUUUGUGGUCAAAGGUUCACCUUACCUUUUCGCGUCGUGCCUCUCAACCACUUCUGUAGCACACCAACACCAACACCCAGGCCUUGAAAACCGACCAGAAACCUAUUCCACGAUAUCAACCAUCAAUCCAACACAAUGGCAGCUCUAGCUCCCAUCAGUACACCUGCUCGGCAGCCCUUCGGCGUGCUCAAUGAUUCCAAGAUUCGAAGCCUGCAAAGCAUGAAGAACAGACAAAAUGCAAUCACUCCCAAUUCGGCACCUUGCCUCAAACGACGCGCCGAAUCCCCGGAGGGCGGGUCCGACAGCGAGAACAUUGACCCAAACAUCCUCCACUCAAUGAACAAACGCAAGCGAGCGGCCUUUGACGACGACGUCUCGGUCGCCAAAGCCCAACGGUUCAGCUUGAACGUCAAUGCGGCUGCCCCUUCUACCAAAUGUCGAUUGGAUACCGGCGUCCCAACCACACCACGUCUCGACACUUUCAUCACAAAGAGCACACCAGCAACAGCCCCAGCAGCAGGGCGUUCGCCGACGCGGAAACGAUCCUCUUCGGGCCUUCUGCAGACUCGAAAACGAUUCAACCCACCCGCUUUCGCUCACAGCACCCACCAAUCCCCGGCCCUAUCCAUCUCAGCAGCACUAAACGGCACCAAAAAGUCCAGACUUCAAUCCCAGGCCCGCAAGACCCAGAUCCAAACACAAAUACGAACACAAUCUCGAGCACGAGCACGAGCCCCCACGACCAAGACGAUCGAAGAAUCCAAGCCGUCAUCAUGGUUCUUCGACAUUUUUGAAGAAAGCCAAGAAACGCAAGAAUACCGCAUGAACGAAUGGACCAUGACACAGAGCGCGACAGGGCUAGACAUCAGCGACGACGAGAGCAAGAGCAAAGCUGCAAAAUCAUUGGACAGAGGCAAAGAGAACGUCGAUCCGAAUGAGCUGCCUUCUGCUCCCAUGACACGAUCAAUGGCUGCUGCUGCUGCUGUGGCUGCUGCCACCGACUCACUCAUCACGGACGACUCGCAAGACGAGCGUAAACCUCUGGCUGACCUCAACCCUGCCAAGUACUAUGCCGAAGGCCUCGACGCAACAAGUGUCGUCCUUGUCCAUGACGAUACUCCUCAACAAGCCACCGAAGCUGAAGCUGAAGUUGAAUCUGAGAAGGUAGACUCGGUCGCAAAGAACGGUGUUUCACUCUCUUCAACCGCCAAAGUCAUUGAAAGUCUUCAAGUUCCAUCCAUUAAUGAAAUCCUCGGUGCCAUCGGUUCGAACAAGUUCGAUUUCAAGGCCGCUACCUCGAAACAAAUGGCAGAGACCAAUGCCGGUGCAGAAAUUGAAAUCUGGGAGAGCGAGAGCGCCAAAGACGAGAAUGAAAAGCCAGACCCAAACUCGGUCCCCGGCAGUCCCGCCUCCGUGGGUGAUCAGAAUGUCUUUGCACUGCAGGAGCUGUGAGGGCGUCACCUCACACCGCCCGGUUCCUUGUCGUUUCGUCUAUUGAUGAAUCGGAUCGAAUCGACAAAAGUUACCUUAUUGUCAAUCAACAUAGCUGUGUGGUACCUCGUAUUUACGUCCUGUCCUGGUGUGUCCGGUCUGUUGUGAUGUGACGUGUUGCGUUGUUGGGGUCUGUUAUGGCACCCAACAUCUGUAUGGUUCUUACCUUCCAAGCUUGUUUGUUCCACGCCGGGUAACUCGGAGGCUUUUUGGUUUGGGUUGGUGCACUGGGAAAGUCUAGCAACUACUAUACGGCACCUGACAUCUAGGUACCUAUGCUCUUUGUGUUGUGCGGAUUCGUCGAUUAGAAGCUGUGCUGUGUUCUGCGGGUGGGUUUCUGUCCGGGGGGUUCAUCGAUUAUAUGCCUGCUGCUGUGCUCUGUGUUCUGUGGGUGGAUUUCUCUUGAACGAAACGGCCGUGGAGUUAAUGAUGAUUAGGGCUGGAUGGAGUACUGGUACUGUACAUCUGUACAUCUCUGACAUUCAGUUGCUUGCGUUACCUACUAGUCUGUUGCUUGCAGUGGGGUUCUUCUCGAUUGAUGCAAGUUUUGAAGUUUCAAGUGUUCAAGUUCCUAGUUCCUGUCUCUCUUGCAAGUGCUCUCGUUCCAUACUAGUAUACUACCACCGUCUACCUACUGCACCUACUACUGUACCAGUAAGGUACUAUAACCCACGUACCCAGUCCACUUCCGAGGUCGAGUGUCUUCCCUACUAGUCCCGCUCGCCUACAAACUAUCACGGAGAGAAGAGCAUUGACUUAGAAACAACAAAGGUGUAUUGUGCUGCCCGCCUCUUGAGCCACCGCAAACUCCAGACUCCAUUAAUGCGGAAAACUUUAGGGCGGGCGUUGGAGCAAAGAACAGAUACUAUAGUGCAAGGCAAGGCAAGACACCCAGCCAGAAUCAAACUUGAAUACCAUAAUAUAAGCAAAACAUGU